CGAAAGAAACGGCGCCAUCCUUCCCCUCCGACGCAAACCGCGGAUGAUAACUUGGAGUCCGAGCUCGAUCGCGAACGUUACCUCGAUUUGCCUCCUUCCUCUCCCUCGCCGUCCGAUCAGCAAGAUGGAGAUAAUGAUGAGGAAUGUGCGACUGCUGGUGGAGUCUAUAAUGCUGUUCCCUUUUCAUAUGGAAACACUGGUGAUUUCAAUGAGCAAAAGGAUACUGAUGCAGAGUCUAGUUUUCGGCCAUCCUUUCCUGUGCCUGAAAGCUUACUUCAAAGCCUAGUAAGUACAUACUCAUCUUCGUACAAUAUAUCUGUACUUCUUUUGUAUAAUCUAGAUGUAAUUGUUUGUUGAUACUUAUCCAAUGUGGCUGCGUGAUAGUUGAGUAAGGUGCAUGUGGUAUUCUAAGGCUUACAAUGUCUAAGUUUCAGAUGCUCGGAGCGCAGAUGCAGUUCUUGUUUCCUUUUGAUGUCAUGACAAGGGGGCGUGCAGGUGGGAUUAGGAUGAUAGAAAUUCGUUACUUUUCAGGAAUCUUAUUCACUUGAGAGCAAAUGGGAUGAUACAUAUCUUCCCAGAAGUUCUGUUUCUUGAUCUUUGUGCUUAUCUAAAUAUAUCCUUCUACAGAGAAAGUACACCAGAUCAUGGCAAGGACGGCUAUGUUUGUGAGUAGAUAUGGCGGACAAUCAGAGAUUGUUUUGAGGGUCAAACAGGGAGACAACCCAACAUUUGGCUUCUUGAUGCCUGAUCAUCCACUUCACGCAUACUUUAGAUUUCUUGUUGAUCACCAAGAACUUUUGAGCAGCAACUCUGUUGAUGAAGAGAGCAAAGCUGACAGUGCACUUGAUCAGGCGGGUCGUGUUAGAGGAGGUGGUGCAUUAUCUUUGCUUGGUACUGUAUAUGGUUCUGGAGAAGAUGAGGAAGGUGCAACUGCAAAUGCUAGCGAAGUUAAAAGAAAGGAAUCUGUGGAAGCUGGGGUUGCUAUUAAUGAAACGUCAUCUAAUGGACCAGAACAGAAACAAUUUUCUUCAAGUGUAAAUAGGAAAGAUGAGACAGUAACAAAGGAUUCAGCUCCUUUAACUAAGGAAAAGGCUUCUCUGAUAAAACGAAAUCGUUCGAUAACAACAAUUAAGGCUGGAACUACAACUGGGGUGAAGAAAGAAAGUGAUGCCUCUGCUGCUGAGAAAUCGCGAGCUUCUUCUUUGCCAACCACGUCAAAGGUUGAAUUGCCUGUUGUAGAGCCUCCAUCUGAUUUAAAGAGAGUGGUUGAUAAAAUUGUUGAGUUCAUCCAGAAAAAUGGUAGGCAGUUUGAAGCAGUUCUGGUUGAACAAGAUGUUAGGCAUGGCAGGUUUCCGUUCCUGUUGCAAUCCAAUCUAUAUCAUCCUUAUUAUCUAAAAGUUCUUCAAAAAGCUGAAAAGUCGAAGUUACCUGGUAAAGGAUUCAUUUCUGAGAAGCAUGAUUCAUCCAGCCUUGGGGUAGAGAAGAAAGCUGCUUUAUCCCGAGAAAGUGAUAGUGUGCCUGUUGGAUCUGACAUACCGUAUGAUUAUGAUAGGAAAGAGAAGUUUAAAAUGGUAAUCAGCAAGUCAAAGAAGGAUGGACAAGAUCCACCUUCCAAAGCUACCCAGCCACCAAUCGGAGUUAGUGUGGAUGCAGCAGCAGCAGCUGCUAUUCUUCAGGCUGCCACAAGAGGCAUUAAGAAUCCCAAUUUAGAAAUUCUAUCUAAGACAUCUUUAAAUGGUAGCAGCCAGGCCCGUAGUAGUGAGGGUGGGCAUGCCCCAAGUUUGGGUGGUCUCCUUUCAUCUCAGCCUCAGAGUUCUAACCAGAAGCCAGGGCAGAAAGGGGAGCCAAGUGUUUCUGGUCCUGUUGCCAAUGCUAUUGCAAAGACAGCAGCUAUUGCAGCUGCAAGUGAGGCUGAUUCCUCUGAGGCGUGUUUGUCUAAAGAAGAAAAGUUGAAAGCUGAGAGAUUGAAACGGGCAAAGAUGUUUGCAGCCAUGAUAAAAAGUGGUGCUGCACCACUUAAAACUGAACCAUUGCGUGGCUUAUCUGCUGAACCACCAGAGUCGGGGGUUUCUGGUUCAGGUGUGGAGGGUGGAAGUCUUUUGGGAAAAGAAAGGGAAGGAAGCUCAGUUCCAUUGGAUGCUAAUACUUCUGAUAAGACUGAAAAUCAUGAAAAGAUAUAUUCUGGCAGUGAUCAUUAUGAACGGCGAUCAAAGAGGAAGUAUCGUUCGAGAUCAAGCAGACAUGAAGAAGAUAGCAGACGGGAGGAGGAAGAAGAAGAAGAAGAAGAAAAAGAGAAAGGAAGGGAUCACAAGCACUCAGGUAAAAAGCGGCAUUCUCAUCACUCUUCGCACCAUAGCAGGGAUAAACAUAAGCAUAGAAGAAGGCAUUCAUCUUCAAAGGAUAGAGAUUCUCGACAUCGGCAUAAGCACCAUAGGGGCACUGAUGAUGAACAAGGUCAUAACUCAGACAGCUCUGACAGUGACCAUCAUCAUUCUCGACACAGACGGAAGCAAGAUAAUUCAGAUGCUGAACGUCCGCGGUCAAGAUUUGCAUACGAGCAUAACAAUUCCUCUGAGGAAGAUGAGCAUCGACACUAUCGACAUCAUCACAAGCAUGACAGCUCCUCUGAGGAUGAGGAUCGACGCUCCCGACAUCGGCAUAAGCACCAUAGGUCCUCUGACGAUGAGCACCAACAUCGAAGGAAGAGAUCUCACUCGGGAAGAGAGGGAGAAUUGGAGGAAGGAGAGAUAUGUGCAAAAUCAGAUCAAUCUAAAUUGAGUGAGGGCAAUUGUGUCAGUCGGGAAACUUCAGCGGAUAUAUCAAAACCAGAUGCAGAAGGAAGAAGAGCUCCAUCUCUGCCAGCCGAAACCACUGCGGUUUCCGAUGAUUUAAGAGCCAAAAUUCGAGCUAUGCUGAUGGCAACCUUGUAAUUUAUAGUUGUCAUGUCUGUUUUCCUUACCACAAGCAUCUAACAGAUCAUUUCCCCUGAAUUAAAUGAUGAGUUCCUGAUCUCACUUUCCAGUUCUUUAAUCAAAUUCAAAUUACUUGCAAUAUGAUGUCAUUAAAUUGUU